CCCCCCCCUCCUUCCUCCUCCCGAGCCGGGAAAAGGCUUUUCAUGAGAACAUCUGGAGCCGCUCCGCCCUCCCUUCAUCCUCAGGACUCUCACCCGCCCCGGGGAUUAAAUGGUGUGAGGUCGCCAUGGCAACCCAAGGAUGUGGAAACCGCCGCCAAGCGUAGACCGCACCGGCUGACAAUAGUCAGUUCAAGGCGCACACCCACCUCCACCGCAUACAAGGGAGGGAUCCCGGACAAGCCCCCCAACGUACGACAGGGAAGACCGCCGCCUCGCCCAGAGCCCCAGGAAACAGGAAUCCGGCUCCUGUGGCAUCAAUACUCCAUUCUCUAUUGGUCGGCCUGUAGGAGGUCCCCCGACUCCACACUGAGAACAUUGAAAGGAUAGACGAGUGUUGGAAGAUCCGCGAUUGGUGAUCGGUGAUUGCCGCCUCUCCUCAUCAUGCCACCAUGGGCGCCGUUCCCUCAUUGGCUGGCGCUGCUGUUGGUCACCUUGGUGCCCCGUUCCCCCGCCGAGAUCCUUCCCAGGAUUGUAUUCUCAUACGGUGAUCCGGCCAGAUCGGUGAGUUCCUUCAGCCGGCCCGGCGUCCAGAAUUACGACCAGCUCCUUCUGGUUGAGAACAAGGAAACGGUCUAUGUUGGCGCCAGAGAACACGUCUUGAAGCUCAGUAGCCGGGAGUCCGGGAAUCUCCAGUUCCUCCAAGAGGUUUCCUGGCCGUCCCCUGCAGACAAAAUCUCAAGCUGUCGGAACAAGGCCCGAAAAGAGGAUGAAUGCCAUAACUUCAUCCGCGUCCUGCAGCCCUUCAACGCCACGCACCUCUACAUCUGCGGGACCAACGCCUUCAACCCCACCUGCACCUACGUGAAUUUGGACACCUUCUCUUUGGCGACCAACCAAAACAACGAGACUCUGAGUCUGGAUGGACGAGGACAGUCGCCCUUCGAUCCUCAGCAUAGACACACCGAGAUCAUCGUGGAUGGUGAGCUGUACACGGGCACAAUGAAUAAUUUCAUAGGGAAUGAUCCCAUCAUCCUCCGGACGCUGGGAAGCCGAACUUCGCUAAAGACGGACACCUCUCUGGGAUGGCUGCACUCUGACACUUCCUUCGCCGGAUCCUUUUACAUUCCUUCUGAUGGAAAAGUCUACUUCUUCUUCGGUGAAACGGGCAAAGAGUUUGACUUCUUCGACAAGCUGACGGUUCCCCGCGUGGCCCGAGUCUGCAAGAACGACAUCGGAGGAGAUAAAGUCCUACAGAAGAAAUGGACCACCUUCCUGAAAGCACAGCUGGUCUGCUCCAACGCCAACAACUUCCCCUUCAACGUCAUGCAUCACGUAGCGCUACUGAACCCCGAGGACCCCCAACACAGCGUCUUCUAUGGGGUCUUCAGCUCACAGUGGCAGUCAGGCGGCUCCAACAGUUCCGCCAUCUGUGCCUUCAAGCUGGCGGACAUCGAGGUGGCUUUCAACGGCAACUACAAGGAGCAAAACAAAGAGAGUUCGAAGUGGACCAGAUACACCGGACCUGUGUCCAAUCCCCGGCCGGGCAGUUGCUCAUCGGAGAAAUUCUCUGACACAGACCUCAAUUUCAUGAAAGACCACUUCCUGAUGGACGACAAGGUGUUCCCAGUCGGCAAGCGCCCCCUGCUGAUCCAACAGAGUGUCAGCUACAGCCACAUUGCCAUAGAUUCUGUACCUGCACUAUCUGGAGACAAUUACACUGUGAUGUUCCUGGCCACAAGUGGGGGCGCGUUGCACAAGGUCGUUCUCAUCGGGGACGGCAAGGAGUCGCAUAUUAUCGAAGAACUGAGACUGCUGAAAGAGCCGAAGCCCAUCGAGACGCUUCUGAUGGUUCCAAACAAGAAGAUCCUGUACGUGGGCACGACGGGCAGCAUCCUCCAGGUGCCCGUAGCCAACUGCAGCACCUACAGGAGCUGCUUCGAGUGCGUCCUGGCCCGGGACCCGUACUGCGCCUGGAACAAGAACGCCAACCAGUGUCAGAGCCUCCCGACCAAUCCCAACGCCAACGAGUGGCUACAAGAUAUCGAGACGGGCAACCCCAACACCACGUGCUUGAGCCCCCCGCCAAAAGGCAGAGCGCCGCGCCCCGGACAGGACUUUGACAACCCGCCGCUGCGAGCUGUGAACUACACAAGGAAGUACAACAGCAUCCUGAAUCUUGAGUGCCCUCAGAUGUCCUCACUGGCCACCUACGACUGGAAGAUCCCUAGCCAAGCCGUAGGAAAGGAGAUUGUCCGCACGAAGGACACCCUGGUUAUCAUGGUGAGGUGGGACAUGUUGGGCUUAUACGAGUGCUGGGCCGAAGAGAAAGGUUUCAAGUACAAGGUGGCCCAGUACUGGGUCAAGGACCCCAAUGGGGCAGGCGAUGACUCUGAUAACGGCAUAUCCUUCAGCACAGAUGAGCCCGACUACUACAAACCGUUUGUGGCGGUGACGGUGCUGCUGGCCCUGACGCUGACCGCCUGCGUGUUCCUAGCCCUCUACAGCAGCCUGGACAAAAUCAAGGCCAACCGGAAGAUCCAGGGCUGCAGCACGCCGGAAACAGAGAAGCUGUCCGCCUCCAAACAGCCGGACAACACCCCGCUCAACGGCUUCUACAAGCACGCCAGGAACUUUGCCAAACCGUGCUGUGUGCCGAUCGGUGGGACCGACGGGAAAAUGGACUUGGACAACAACAGCGUGAACCUGAUGCCCAACGGUGGACCGUCAGGCGCGGCCUCUUCAGAUGUCUAAGGCGUUUGUGCUGACCGCUCUCGUCUUGGGAACAUGAUCAUCUAUGCCGGACUUCGGGCUACCUCAAGGACCCAAGAACGGUUUUUGCUCACUCCUCACAUUCCAUGGUGGCCCCCUUUCGGCAUUUCGAGAGUCUCUUGUGGCUCCUUGGGGUUUCGUGAAAAGCAUUGGAAGCUCUCUGACCUAAAAAAAGAGAGACUUCUAAAUUGCUAGAAGCAUCAGAGAGGACUUUGUAAAAAAAAAAAAAAAAGCCUCAACUGUCAACUUCCAGGAGGACCAAAGCCCUUUUGGUGGGGGGUGUCCUGGAAUUUCUCCUACAAUGUGAACACCGCUGUAAAUUUUAUAAAUAUCAAUCAAGGAACUGAAUGCAGCCUUCACUGCCGAACUUUCCAUAUCGAUACUCAAAGUACCGGUGUCUAAGGAUGUCCCCCAUGAGUCUACAACGUACCGACGCCUGGGAUUGGGUGCCGAACGUUCACCCCCCCAAAAAAAACAAUGCUGGGUGGAUUCAGCACCCAAAAGGCAUCCAUCGACUCAUGGGCUCACCUACCACCACCAUCAUUGUAAGGAGGUCUAGUUCUCACCGCCCAGGUAAUACAGCAGGAGAAGCGAGACUCUUGGCUUUGAAAAUACCUUGGUGGUGAAAAGCAAAGGAAAUCCAAUCAAAGGGGGGGGGGCUGGGUCCCCGAAACCAUAUCAGCCAAGGGGGGGUGUGACUGCAAUCAAUUGCUGUCUUGUUCUUGAAUGUGCAACUCUGGGAGGGUCAUCCCCCGUCCUUUCUAUGCAUCUGGAACAAGCGCCGGUGACCAGGAGCCCCUCCCCGAAAAUCACUGCCGGUUCCGGGUCAAGGACUCAAUAUAUAGUGAGCAGCGAUAAGGAGGGAGUGAGCCCCUCCCACAUUUCUAUCCCGUCCACCCAUGACAGAGAGUUUUGGGGCAGAUCCAGCCCUUUAAGUGGUGGGUGGGAGGGGGUAAAAAAAAGAGCUCCACCCCCCUCCUGCCUCUGAAGGACAUUUUACUAACCGCCAGCCCGCGUGACGGGUGUAAUCUGUGCAUGUGGUACACGUGAGACGAACGUGUAAAUGUGACCGCAUUGUGUGUGUGUGUGUCCACCAAUCACCCUCCAUGCAGCACGUCACAUGUGUACGCGUGUCCAAUCGUAUGCUGCCGUGAUAUCUUGUGGUGUGUGGACUAUGAAGGGUGGGGGAGGGGAGGUGGGGGUUGAAGAAGUUUGUCUCCUGUUGUCGCAGUACCGUAUCAGUAUUAUAGGGGGCGAUGUGUGCAUGAAGUUACUGCCAAGUCUGUACCUUUUUGUUUUUUAAUAUUUAUAAGUGAUUAAAUGACCCCGCCUCUGCCGGGGGUUCUGGUA